AUGUGGGUGCAGGAUUUUGUCAAGCAGGAGAGGUCGAGGAUUUUAGUGAAGGAGAGGAAAUUGUUCUUGAACAGGGUGAUGAUUCAGACGAUGAGGAGGAGAUUGCAGUCAUUGAAGAGGCAGAUGUUGAGGAAGAUGAAGCAGAGAAUGAUGAGGGGCAAACGGCAAACAGUACACAAUGAAAAGGUGGCAAAGACAUUGAGAGAGAAGGCAAUUCAGCAAAUGGCAGCCAAUGGGAUUAUCAUUGACUCAGGAGAAGAAAAAGUAGCUCUUCAGAUUUUUCCAAAGGUUGCUGGCCUUGCUCGCCGUGUUCAUGAUAAUGCUGUUCUGAAAGAGAAGUUUGAGAGGUUGGUUUCAGCAGAUGAAGAGUUACAUGGCCAGCAAAGGGCACUCACCCGAUGA